GCUCGUUGUUGUUGUUCCUCAAACCAGUUUACGGAAGUGUAACUAGCCACUGCAAAGAUGGAGGACGAAAUCUCAGAUAUGAGCCGACCACAAAUGUACUUGUUUGGUUGCACUCUAAAAUCGGACAAACGGGAGUUCAAAGUUGACGUAGACGACGAUGAUACGGAGCAACAGCUGUCACUCAAAGCAGUGUGUCUGGGAGCCGACGCUGAGGAUAAGUUCCACAUGGUCGAGGUAGAGGGCCUCACUUUUGAUGGAAAGACGACGAAAGUGCCACUUGUUGCUCUGAAACCGUCUGUCCUGCCCUCUAUGAGUUUAGGUGGAUUUGAGAUCACACCUCCUGUUACCUUUCGUCUUCAGUCGGGUUCUGGACCAGUUCACAUCAGCGGGCAGCAUUUUGUUAGUGUAAAGGAUUCAGAGGAUGAAGAGGAAGAGAACAACACGUCACCUGUGAAGCGGCCUGCGAGUCUGAUGUCUGGAAAGAAGCUUCCAUCGAAAAAGCUAAAGAUGGAUUCAGAUGACGAUGAGGAAGACAGCGACGACGAUGAUGACGAUGAUGAAGACGACGACAGUGACGACAACGACGUGAAGCCUCAGAAGAGUGUUGGAAAAGACAUUAAAAAAAGUAUAGAGUCCUCUAAGAAGCCUAACAAGACUCCAGUAAAACAAAACGGUCCUGCAGGAAAACCAUCAGGCUCUGCCAGCAAACCACAGAUGAAGACAUCUGCCCCAGGAAAAGACAAAUCCCAGGCUGGUCCAUCAAAAUCUCCCUCCCUGACUGACAUUAAGACCAAAUUGUCAACGGCAGCCAAGGAGGGUAAACCUUUCCCGAAGACAGAGCAGAAGUUUGAGAAUUUCGUCAGGAGUUCUUUUAAAAUCUCAGACAAGAAAGUGGUCAAGGACCUUUGGAGUUUUGUACAAACACUGAAGAGUGGGAAGAAGUAACAAUCCUCCUAAAUUUGAAGCAUUUGUAUGUUUUGCAUUCUGCAAGGCAUUUAAAGGCACAGUCAGCGACAUUUCCUACUUGGCCUUACUACGUCAUCAUUAACUCAGACUUGGAGUGACGACAGACUGAGGGUUAACAUGGGUAAAGCCAUUACUAAUUCAGGUGUCAUCAUUUUUUCUUUCUGUUAAGAUGCGAAGCACCCCCUGGAGCUAGUUUGAAAUUCCGCCUUGCGCUCACUCAUGAACCAAGUCAUACAUGUUCAGCAGGUUGCAGAUUUUUUUGCUUCAUCACAUGCAAAUCUAAACCACUUACAGGGAGGGAAAGGAAUAAAAAUACCUGUUAAUAUCAGCGGAUAUUGAUGUGUUCAAAUACCCUUACAUUAUUAUAGUUAAAUAUGCCAGGUAAACAUUUGGUAUCUUUUGAUAGGUGUAUGUAAAAUCAAAAAACACCAAGAUAUUUCUCUAUAUUUGGUUGUAGUUUUUAAGAUGUAAAUAAGCUUUCUUUGCUGUUUUUUUUUUUUACCUACUUCAAUUGAACCACUGUGGGUUUUCGCUUCUCCUAUUUUCCCCAUGCCUCCAAUUUAAACAUUUUUAAGCAAAGUCAACUUAGAUGGCAGACUCAGGGCUGUGCAUCUUCAUCUGUCUCACAAGUUGAUUUAAUUGUAGUUAUCUGUCAGCUUUUGAUUCGAUAUCACAUUUCAUUAUGAUUAGGGCUGUCAUGCACUGAAAAUUUCUAAUUGGGAUUAAUCACAAAAUUUCUAUGGUUAAUGUUGGUAAAUCUGCUCUUUUUGUUUUAUUUUGGAUUUUUCUUAAACUCAGGGCAGUUGGCUAGAGGUACUGGAAAAAAUCGCAUAUGUCUACAAUUCUGAAUCAAUCAAAUUUCUAAGACUUUAUAUUUUUAAACUUACUUUAUUGCAUCCUGGGUGUAUAUUUUGAAUGUAUACCUGCUGUGCGUAUUUUCCCCAGUGUGCUGAGUCGGUCAUUGAUGCUGCAGGAUGUUUACGGCUUGUUAGCAUUAGCAGCACUAGCUCUUAGUGUCAGUAAUGUUUACAGUGCUGUGUCUGACAUAUUUAUGUACUUCCUGCACUGUCUGUAGAGCCCUGAGUUACUCAGCCUGUUCAGUUUUUGCAAAAGAAAAGUUUUAAGUCUCACUGUGGAUUCUACAGUCUCAGGUAUGAGGAAGCCUGACCCAAUAUAUCUGCUUAUAUCUGCUUACUGUGCUAAACUAAAGUAAUGUAGCCUGCGUCAGGAAUGGUUCAUAUGCCCGAACUCACAUCAUACAGACACGUUCACCCGGAGUGAAUAUCAACCAACAACUGCUGACUGGCAUGGAUGAUAAAAUCAAUGGGAUCCAUCGCCUGAUUUUACGUCAGUGGCUGGUGUUACGGUUUAACGAGUGACCGUGUUAACUGGUGACCAUACGAAUGCGUCUGGGUCAAUAAAGGAUAUCGAAAAGUUCAAGAGCCCCUUUAUUUACUUUUUUUAUUAAAUCAUAUCAUCUUAGCAUAUCUUUGACAUAACAAAAUGCAAUGUUUAAACAUUGUUGUAACUAGAACAACUGCUGACACUUUCAGCUCAUAGACUGUAGAAAGAAUUGGACAAACCCGUGUGACCUCAGUCAUCUGCUUACAAUAGGUGGACUCAAACGGCUUUUGAAGCCAAUCCAUGGAGGCUUCCAUAUUGAAAUCGCAGUCUCAA